CCAACCCCUAAAAAUCUCCCUCCCCCCGCUUUAAACCCCAAAUCUCUCCCUCUCUCGAGUCUCUCUCUCUCUCCUCGCGCGCGCUCGAUCGGCAAAAUCGCAGUAUUGACAUCAACCAUGGAAAACUUUACGGAGACUGACAUGGCUGGAGUUGAAAAUGACAUGGCUGGAGUUGAAAAUGACAUGGCUGGAGCUGAAGCUGACAUGUGUGCAGUUGAAGAUACCACAGUUGCUUCUGAAGAUGUCAUAGGUGGAACAGAAAAUUGCACAGAUGGAACUGAAAACACCAUAGAGGAAGGUAACAAUAGCAUGGUUGGAGCUUCCGAAAACCUAGAGAACCAACAACAAGGGAAGAAUGAGGAAGUGGGAGUUAAGAGCAGUGAGAAGAAAUGGCCCGGUUGGCCAGGAAACAAUGUUUUCCGACUAUUAGUUCCAAGCCACAAAGUUGGUGGUAUCAUUGGCCGAAAAGGUGAAUUUAUUAAGAAAACAUGUGAAGAAUCAAAAGCUCGUAUCAAGGUUCUAGAUGCUCAUGCAAGAGCCCCAGAAAGAGCUGUAAUGAUCUCAGCAAAAGAGGAACCAGAUCGUAUGAUUUCUCCUGCAAUGGAUGGCCUUCUAAGGAUUCAUAAACGAGUAAUUGAUGGUUUAGAUGGGGAAGCAGGGGCUCCACAAACUGGUGGCAAUCCGGCAGUAACAAGACUGCUUGCAGGAGCUACUCAAACAGGAACCUUGAUAGGAAAGCAUGGAUCGACGAUAAAAUCCAUUCAAGAAGCUUCAAACUGUAUUGUUCGUGUUAUCGAUGAUGUACCGCCUUUUGCUUUACCAGAGGAUAAAGUUGUUGAAAUACAGGGAGAACCCGCUGGAAUGCAUAAAGCAUUGGAACUAAUUGCUUCUCAUUUAAGGAAGUUUCUUGUUGAUCAAAGUGUGAUUCCAACAUUUGAAAUCAAUAUGUCAAGGUCUAUGUCGCAGGUGCAGCAAAAUAUGCCACAGGCUUGGGGCCCCUCUCACCCUCAAGGUCCUCCCAAUCCUGCAGGUCCGGGUUUUGGUGGAAAUCCUCAGUUUAUGCCUCCAAGGCCACAUGAUAAUUUCUAUCCUCCCCCUGACCUGCCUUCCUAUGAAAAGACACCACACUAUGGUAUAUCGACAUUUGGCCGAGAUGUACCACCCAUGGGUCCUCCAUCAAGUACUCAGCAUGGUCAACAACUAGUCAAUCAGGUGACGCAACACAUGCAAGUUCCAAUAUCCUUUGCUGAUGCUGUGAUAGGGGCGUCAGGUGCAAAUAUUAGUUAUAUCCGUCGAGCCAGUGGGGCAACCAUCACAAUACAGGAAACAAAAGGCGUGCCUGGAGAGAUGACUGUUGAGAUUAAUGGGAGUGCUACACAAGUUCAAACUGCUCAGCAAUUGAUACAGAAUUUCAUGGCUGAAGCCGGUGCCCCAUCUCAGAACCCAGCACCACCUGUUGACCAUGGUUAUAACUCUUACCAACCAUCUUAUGGAUCAUCAUACUCUGCCCCACCUGUCAACUCUGGUCCAGCUGCUCCCCCUGGCGGAGGUUAUGGAUCCUCAUAUGGCUCGAGUUAUGGAUACUAGAACAUUAAUUGUGGUUGGAUCCAGGUUCCUAACAGUAUAAAUCUAGUGUAAAACCUAAACCUAGAACCCUAGAUGAACAUUAGGUUUUUUGGGUUAAUGGGGACAAUGUAGAGCAGUUGUGGCUUGAGAAAACUGUGUUUUCUGUAACUCAUUGAGUCAAUUUCAUUUAGAUGUUCUGCUACCUUCUCUAUGCUUUGUAUUGUUCUUAUCUUGCUCUUUAAUCCAACAUUUUGCGCCAUUCAACUU